AUGACUGCCGAUGUGGAGUUGGGCAAACCUAUUGAGUCUCAAGGUCCUCUGACAAGCUCGCAAGUGCGGAAGAGGGCCGCAGAGGCAGAAAAGCAGAGACCAGGGACAGCGGCCGGUGUCGCUGAGAUGAACGCAUGUUCCUUCAUCUUGGCCUACAAGCUUCACAACUACAUCCUGUUGAAGGCCCCGGACAACACAGCAACAGAAAUCCAGAUGGGUGGCCGCCUGUGGCGCAUUGGUCAGUUGCUCAUUGCCCGGCCGGUCCGUUCCUUUUCGUCCAGUCCAUUCCUCCUUGUCCGGUCUAUUGCUCAUUGUCCAGUCCACAGUCCAGUGCUCAUCAUCCGAUUUAUUUCCGAUUAUAUCAAAUAUUUUCCUUCAACAGCAGGACUUUGCGACAGGCGGAUAGAGUAUGAACAGCUGAGAAAAGCCACCGACAUCGUCGCAGCGCAGGCGCCAAUCGAUCGGCGCAUCGAGGGCGAACAGCUGACCAUCUGCGCCUUCGAGAUCAUGGCAACAUACCUGGGCCAUGGUUGCAAUCGGUAUCCUCGCAAGGGCGCCGAAUAUAGAGCGCUUGCUGUGGGUUCGAAGCCCGGCAUGGAGAUUUCUCGAGAGAUGGUAGCGGGAGAAGCGCCCAUCGUACCGAUCGAGGACCACGUCGAGCUGGACGGCGAGCCAGGGGUUCUGCCAGAAGUCCACGAGCCGGAGGAGCGGGAUGACCGUCGCCGAGCACCGAGCAAGAGGAAUACCAUCCUGUGUAUUGUGGAACUGGGACCACUGGAGGAAGAGGAGACUGUUGAAAGGGAAUGCCCUGCUACAGCAGAGGAUCCGAUGGAGGUAGAUGUGGAUGAGACGCCGACCAAGGGGCCUGCAAAGCGGAAGAGAGGACAUGGAAGGCUUAUGCUUAGUAGUGUAUUCAGGAGCUAA